AUGGCUGAAUUCAAAGAGGUUGAGACCUGUGUAGAGAGCAGUGCAAAACUUCCCUUGAACAUCUCCGAAGUGUUCUACUUUGCCCAAAAAGCCGUGCUGCAUCCAACCGCGCCCUUGUACGACAGCAGAGAGCACGUUCUCAAGCCUGCUUGCGAAGCCGCCCUACGCCGAAUCUUCAAGUUAUGUGAUGUCGAUAAGAACGGCAUACUGGAUGCAGCUGAACUCAACGAGUUUCAGCGGAAAUGUUUCGACUCCCCAUUACAGUCACAAGAAUUAGAAGGAAUCCAGGACAUGGUCCGGCAGUUUGGAGAAGGUGGAGUCGCAGUCGUGAAUAGCGAGCCAGCACCAAGUCCGAAAUCAUCUCCCUCGUCUUAUUCCUCUCGCUCUUCACGAGCAUCCAGUCCAUCGCGCUCAUUCCCGAGUGAUCUCUCGUCCAACUCUUCGCAAACGGUAACACCUACCGGAAAGGUGACCGGCUUAACAGAGCUUGGUUUCCUUUAUUUGCAUACCAUCUUCAUUCAACGCGGCCGUAUGGAGACAACCUGGACUGUCCUUCGCAAAUUUGGAUACGCGGAAGACCUGAGGCUCACUGAAGAGUUCCUCAAUCCAAAAUUCGACGUCCCGCAUGGGUGUAGCGUGGAGCUCAGCCAGAAAGGGUACGAAUUCCUCACCAAUCUUUUUGUUGGGUUUGACAAGGACAAGGACGGCGCGCUCAACUUAUCGGAACUGACAAACCUCUUUGAGACAUCUCCCGGAAAUCCAUGGAGCAACCAGGGCUUCCCUGAUACGACCACAUCUGACGAAUCGGGCGCAGUAACACUUCAAGGAUGGCUCGCACAAUGGAGCAUGACAACCCUUCUUGAGCACAAGACGACACUUGCAUACCUUGCCUACUUGGGCUAUCCGGAUUCAGACACGACCACCGCGCUCAGGGUCACUCGGCCACGACGGCUAGAUAGACGAGGGAAACCGGUGGCUUCCGUAAAGGGCAAAGGGAAAGUUGCAGGUAGAAACGUCUUCUUGUGUUGGGUAUGCGGCGCCGCAGGGAGCGGAAAGACUGCUCUUCUCCGGAGCUUUGUACGCAAGGGAUACCGGGACGCCUAUAUUCCCACCACAAAGGGAAUGAGUGUUGUCAACUCUGUGGAGAUUGAUGGAAGCGAAAAAUAUCUGGUGAUGCAGGAAUUCGGCUCAAAAUACGAAGCAGAAAUGCUGAGAAGUUCCAAGAAAGCCGACCUCGUGGACGUGAUCCUUUACGUUUAUGAUUCGAGUGAUACAAACUCGUUCUCAUACAUCAGCAACCUGCGUCAACAGUAUAGUCUUGAUGGGAUCCCUACGUUAUUCGUAGCGACAAAGUCUGACCUGGAUCUGGCCCAGCAAAGACACGAGGUUCAGCCGGACGUGUACUGCCGCCGCCUGUCGCUCCAAGUUCCUGUUGCAGUCAGCAUCAAAACGUCUCAAACUGCCGACGUGUUUGCAACGAUAUGUCGUAUCGCCAUGAACCCGGGUUGGAAGGGAAAAGGAACAGCACUUCGGGACGGAGGACUCGAGCGGCCGGUGGUACAAGCGCAGAAAAAGGAUCUCAAAGGCAUCGGUCAAAACCGUGAUGACGGGUUUCAAUUCUGGGACCAUGUGUACGCCGCUGCGGCCCAAGCGAUCGAGAUCAAGGUCCACGGGGAUGACGGGGACGAGGAAAGCGACCAACAGUGUGAUGACACGGCAUCAAAUUCGACCGGGGCCGGUCAAGCCGCAACAGACUCUCAGGAACUUGGACGGCAUGGGAAGAGGGAUCGCCAGUCAGCGGAGAGUCGUCGAGGACAAUCUCAUACCCGACUGUGGCACAUCGUCGGCAUUGACCGAGGCGGCUCAAAGGGGGACUUGCUGGCAAUGGCCAAGCGCGAAGCAGCUCGAAGAGAGUUGUAUCGAAGGUUUUACCGUGGAGAGAUUAUAUCCGAGCAGUCAGAGCAAGCCGAGGCCACAGACUCUGGAACUGGGCAAGGGGAUGGAUCGUCGUCAGCUGACAGCAGAGCACAGCGCAAAGCUGAGCGACGACAGCGGAGAGAGGAACGACGGGCUCUCAAGCAGCAAGCAAAGGACCAGAAGACAAAGAAGCGGCGAAAAGUGCGGACUAUUCUCUACAACUCGGCGUCUUUAGACGGUCCAGACGCGCUCCAGCAGCUGCCCGCGUCUCGUCCGACCCACGACAAGCCCGCUUGGUCGAUCCCGAGCCCCGCGUCCGGGGAGCGCUUCUUUCAGCGCAGAGAAGUGUCGGACACAACCACUGGAUCUUCUCGAGUAGCGUAUUCACUCUCCCCCCCAGCCAGCGUCGCCCAAGCUUUCUCCCGGGGACCUCUCGAGAACGUUCUCCUGAAUUCAAACGCGCACCGACUGAAUGACAGGGUACUAGAUUCUGGGUUCAUCAAGUCAGACUCGUACUUUGCACCUCGACGCCUGCAUCCGCAGACCCCGCGCCAGUCGAGCAUGGACCAUUCCCCCUAUGAGCCGCCGUCUGACCCAUUCCACGGCACCAAUAGCACUGCCACCAUCGAUACAGAUGUAGCAAAUGAACCGGCAGAUCCAUCGGGGACUAGCUAUCUCACCCUCAAUGCUCCCAGGAGCCGAAACACCCGUCCGACCCCCCCUGUGUCGCAUCGGCAUCCUUCUCAAACGCAGCAACAGCAGCACGCUCAUACGUCCAAUCCACCAACGACCUAUUACUCGUCCCACCAGCAGCAUCAGCAGCCUCACCACCCGUACCUGGGCCAGCAGCCUUCGCCAACAGUCUAUUAUCCGCCGUUUCAUCCAGUGUCUCACCCCCAUAUGCAGCAGAAUACACCCUCGGGUGCUUUCAAUGUGAACCAGGGUUACCUCGGUCCACAGACGACCACAGGGUCAUCCAUCCCUACCUAUGCGUAUUCUCACCCAUACCCACACCUCUCGGAGCAUCCCAUGCAUGGUUACGCGUAUUCGCCUCUCAAUGGUCUGACGCCCGCGCCGCUGUCGCAUUAUCCUGAAGCUGAUGCGCACGGGACAUCUGCACAACCAUCGCAACACACUGCUCAGUCGGCCCAUGCACACGGCCCUGGGGGCGUGGAAAUGAUAUCUGCCUAUGCACCAAUAAUCGUCAGUUCAGCUCCUUAUGGAUACAGCAUCCCGGCUUUUGCCCCGACGGGGGGUCCCAUCUUCACGCCGCAGUACGCGAGUCCUUCAGCCUAUCACCAACCAUAUUCCAUGGGCUUUUCGCAAUCGCACCCUGGGCCUCGCCCUCCACCCUUGAACCUCUCCCAACGUCAGGUUCAUCCACCACAGGUUUCACCUUCUCCGAUGCCCUAUUCCCCGGCAAAUCAAACGCCUCCAAACCAUCCAUAUUCGCCCAUUGUCACUUCACCCACCCCAGCUUCUCUUUUGAGUCCUGGAGGGAAUCGAGGUUCAAACAUUGCAAGUUUGAGUCCGUUUGGAUUAGGCUCGAAUCAAGGCGGAAACGCUCUAUCCGACCGUCCUCGAGGUGGCGGCAGCCAGUCUGCAUCUGGCUACGGAAGCAGUGGCGCGAACAGCUCCGACCCAUAUCUGGGGAGUGGCCAGGGAAGUAGCAAUAGUAUUCCGAGGAUGCCUGGCGGAGACGGGCCAUCUCUGCCAUCAACAGCCUUUGGUGUCGAACGCCAGCCCCUGACGUCGGCACCGACACUCCAAAUCCCUGCUAGUGCACGGCAGAACCAGCCUGACGGGGUGAACGUAAGGGAGUCGGCUAACGUAACCAACAAGGGGGAACGAUCCGAGUGGGUAAUGUGGGUCGGCAAUGUGCCAGGGGAUGCAACCUCGGACGAGCUCGAAACCUUUUUUGGCCAAAGUCCGCCUGUCGCUGUCGAGGGGAAUCGUGAGGGCAGUGACACCAGCACGCGGACUCUACAUCCUGCGGCACGACAAUCACCCGUGUCAACAGCCCAGCAACCGUCAAGUGAGGACAAAGAGGCAGAAAUGAAAUCACCUGAAACGGCUCGUCCCAAAUCAAAUGACAUUGUUUCGGUCUUUCUUAUCUCACGGUCCAAUUGCGCGUUUAUCAAUUAUGCGUCGGAGGAGAGCUUGAAGCAGGCCGUCGAAUGGUUCAAUGGCAAACCGCUCCGAAGUCCUCAGGUAGAUCCUCGAUGUCCAAAGCUGGUUUGUCGCGUGCGCAAAAAGGGAGAUGACCUCAAGGCUGGCGUAGGCGGACAGAGAGGGAUGGGGAUCCAUGCAAAAUGGGUAAAGGAGAAUGUUCCACGGAAGCGAAGCGGCUCAUCGCGCGCCGAAAGUGGAGACGAGGCAAUGGAACGACCCCCUCUCCAUCGUGGGGGUCCUGCCGUCUCGAAAAAGUCGAGCAGCGGCUCGAGUGUUUCGCAUGCCUCUACCACAUCGAGUCUCCUAGCCAGUCACUUCCCUGUGCGAUACUUUAUCCUCAAGUCGCUAACUCAGUAUGACCUCGAUCUUAGCGUUCAGCGUGGUCUCUGGGCUACUCAGGCUCACAAUCAGGAAAUUUUGGACCAAGCUUAUAGGACUUCCAACACUGUCUAUCUGAUUUUUGGCGUGAACAAGAGUGGCGAAUUCUUUGGUUAUGCACGCAUGGACGGCCCAAUCAGUCAAGUUGAACGCAACCCAGCCGUCGAAUGGGCAUCUCGUGAGCCUCCUGCCACAGGAGGACCCAAAACGUCACCGGUCCUGCGACGUAGUCUUGCGGCGGAGCCGACCAUUGAAGAAGAGGGCGAGAGUGCCUCAUCCGAGGCGCGCUCGAAGAGUGAACAUGAAGUAGAAUCGCAUCAAGCCACCGCGAACCUUCCUGACGAGCCAUUGGAUUCAACGUCGCAGCCCAAAACUCCGCCUCGUCAUGCACGGUCUGCACCUGCGACGGUGAAAGAGGAAAACGAUGUGGGUGAAUCACAUCCAGGUGACAGAGAGCCGAAGCAGCAACCGAAUUCCGAGCCUCUAAACAAGAACGCCCAGGGCGACUCUCCUCAGCAGACAGUAGCCAAAACGCCAGUAUCUGCACCCUCUGCACAUCCAAUUUCCAACCGUUCGAUGGUUCACUUGCUUUCUGGAGAGGUUCUCCAAGACUCUCCUGAUCCGCUCACCCCAGGGGAGGAUCGUAAACUGCACCCGCUCGAAAGAGCCGGCGCGGCUGCAAGUCCUACUCAACAGUGUCCCGGAGGUGAAUCGGGAGAUCAAGAUCAGCUGAGGCACCUCAGUGCCGCCAGCGCACCUGCGGUGAUGGAACGAAGAGAAAAGGGCUUCUCAAUGUCAGUGCCAUCAACACAAGCGGACACAUGGGAUACGGCGCGUACAAAGCCCAUCUGGUCAGCAGGCGCUAUUCAGGAAGAGGCGGAACCACGACCCGUGGUUGCGUCUACACCUGUUUCUCCUCCGGGUCGAAUGGCGGACAGCGACUUCUCUCCGACUCACCUCGACAAUUUACCUCUUCCAGAGUCGUCACCAAAGCCUAUCGACCAGGUGAAACCUGACGAGGACACGAAUCGGCCCACUAUUGGUGGACGAGAGGAAGGAUGGGGAACGCCGUUUAAAGUCAAGUGGAUCAGGACCGAUUCUCUACCGUUUACUCGGACACGACACCUGCGAAAUCCGUGGAAUCAUGACCGAGAGGUCAAGGUCUCUCGAGAUGGCACAGAGAUUGAACCCAGCGUUGGCCAGCGGCUGCUCGAAGAGUGGGAUCGACCUGACAGAAGUCCUGUUCUUUCACGAGGAGCCGUCCAGCCAAAGGGCCCGCCGCCCCCCACGUCUCAAGUUAGUCCGACGCAACCAUCGUCAUCUCGAGGUCGCGGACGAGGCAGAGGAUUUCCUCCCCCGUCUGCGUGGCCUCACCGAGACUAUGGCCAAUGA